GUGAUCAUCACAUUGAUGACAGAUGCAGUGUGCAACAGCUCUCUUCCAAUUAUCCAUUAGCGAUAAAGAGCCGUAGAACUGACUAAUAACAAAUAAAUAAGUAUGUACAGUAUCAUAUGGUGAUUUUCUCUCGGUGGGUUGGAGUCAAUUUAUCUGGAAAUUGUAAAUCGGGAAAGCUUGGCAGGUUCCUAUUGACGAGAUUUUAUAGCAUUUUAAAUUAAUUCUCCUGAUUACAAUGAGUCACGACCAUGGUAUGCCAGACAUGCCAGGAAUGAAGAUGUGGUUUCAUUUCGGAAAAAAUGAAGUCAUUUUAUUCGAAUUUUGGAAAACGGAAAAAACUGGGAUAUUCAUUCUUUCUCUGGUCAUCAUAUUCAUGAUGGCGUUUGGCUACGAGGCCCUGAAAUAUUUUAGGGAUAGAAUGUAUCAAAUGCAUGUGGAAAGAGCAAGAUCUUCUCUGGGAGUCAGAGGUCCACCCUCAACAAGGUCGAAAGUUUUGAGUGGAUUUCACAUAGCGCAAACAGUUUUGCACAUGGUUCAAUUUGUGCUCUCGUAUUUUCUCAUGCUGAUUUAUAUGACUUACAAUGUUUGGCUUGCAUUGGCCGUAACGCUGGGGGCAGGGGCAGGUUAUUUCUGCUUUGGGUGGUAUAAAGCCUCCUUUUUAGACAUUAAUGAACAUUGCCAGUAAUAAGAAAUUCAUUUCGAUGGAGCAGUCAGUGUAAUUUUAAACUCAUAUAUACUUAUACAUACUUAUAUAUUUAUAGAAUUGUAGGCUCUGCGUCAUUAGAUAGGAUAAUUAAAUACGGUACGACUGUGAUGUGCCAGUUUGAAUUAUCAGCGAAAUUAGUAUGUACAGAUUCAAUUAGCUCAAGAAAUAUCAAGUCUAGUCUUAGACAUUUGGAAGACUUUUAGGGAUCGUUUACUAUUUUGGUUAAUUUCUUCAUUGAUGAAAUAUGUAAUGUAUUGGAUAAGAAUGCAUGUACACACAUUUUUACUUAUGUGGAUGGAUGAAUUUUAAAAGCAGAAUAUGUAACAACUCAAUGCAGAUAUCUCCAGACUAGCUUUUGUGAUGAAACGACUAUUGUGUUCAUAUAUUCAGUAAUGAUAAAUUGUUUGUAAGAAGAACAUUUUUGAUAUGUCUGAUAUAAUUAUGUAUGUGUACGAUAAAUGCAAUAAAACUCACCACAAAUAAAGCGACACAUAUAUUUGCA